AUGGAUUUGGACAGAACGUACUUACAAACCAGUGCCUGGAAAUCAAACAUCUUCAAGGGAAAAGUGGUGUUUGUGACUGGCGGAGCUGGAACCAUCUGCAAGGUUCAAACACAAGCGUUGGUGUUACUAGGAGCCGAUGCUGCUAUCAUUGGUCGUAAUGAAGCCAAAACCAUCAAAGCCGCGGAAGAGUUGGCCAAAUUAAGAGAUGGCGCCAAGGUUGUUGGAAUAGGAAAUGUCGACGUCCGGGACGUCCAGUCCAUUGCCAACGCGGUGGAAACCACGGUGGAGAAAUUGGGCAGAAUCGAUUUUGUGAUUGCGGGUGCCGCUGGAAACUUCUUGAGUGACUUCAACCAUUUGUCGAGUAACGCCUUCAAGUCGGUUGUAUCGAUCGACUUGUUGGGGUCCUUCAACACCAUCAAGGCAUGCUUUCCUCAAUUGAGGAAAAACAAGGGUAAAGUGAUUUUUGUCUCGGCCACCUUACACUAUUACGGAGUGCCAUUCCAGGCACAUGUGGGUGCUGCCAAGGCGGGAGUGGACGCGUUGUCUAACGCGUUGGCGGUGGAAUUGGGCCCGUUGGGAAUCACCUGUAACUGUAUUGCUCCUGGAGCCAUUGGCGGAACCGAAGGUAUGUCUCGUUUGACACCUCCAGGCCAAAGGCCCACGGAAACCAGAGUUCCAUUACAGAGACUUGGUAGCACCAGGGAUAUCGCCGAUGCUACGGUGUACUUGUUCUCGCCUGCGGCGGACUAUGUCACGGGAACCAUCCAGGUGGUGGAUGGGGGGUUGUGGCACAUUGGAAACAUGAUGGGAGAUUUGUACCCGGAUGUGAUUAUCAGCCAGGGAGAGGACGAGCACUCCAAGUUGUAG